UUUUUAGCCAGAAUGGGAGCAUUUAUUAGGACUAGCUUGGUUGGUGUGUCGUUUUCGUUUUCAAGAGUAAUAAUAAGUGUGUUAUUUAUAAGUUUUAUGCAGUUUUUAUUUAAUUUUAUGUUGUUUUUUUAGUGUUUAAAAAGUUUCUGUAUGUCUUACAAUAAAGAUUUCACUAAAAACCGAACACCAUCAUCCAAAGUGUAUAGUGGUACAGUAAGGACACCAAAGCGUGAUCCCACGGUCCCAAUCAUGCAAGUUGUUUUCUUACACCCUGACCUUGGCAUUGGAGGGGCAGAAAGAUUAGUUGUAGAUGCAGCAUUAGCAUUAAAAUCAAAAGGACACCGUGUCAGCUUCAUCACAGCCCACCAUGAUAGAAACCACUGUUUCGAUGAAACCAAAGACGGAACUUUCUCAGUCAAUGUGGCGGGUGACUGGCUACCAAGAAAGAUCAUGGGCGGCUUCUAUGCACUGUGUGCUUAUAUUAGGAUGAUAUAUAUCGCGUUCUAUCUCAUAUUUGCUUCAAGUUUCAAACCAGACGUUGUAUUCUGUGACCAGAUAUCUGUGUGCAUUCCAGUAUUAAGAUUGUUCAGCAGGGCAAAAGUCGUAUUUUAUUGCCAUUUCCCUGACAAAUUAUUGACAAAACGCGAAACUUUUUUAAAAUCUUUGUAUCGUAAACCGAUAGACUGGUUAGAAGAACGUACAACAGGGUUGGCUCAUUUUGUCCUCGUUAACAGCCAUUUUACGGCUCGUAUGUUCCGAAACGCAUUCCCGUCACUAAAGGAGCUAGAGACCCACGUAGUUCACCCCACGUUAAACUCCGCUGUGUUCGACAAAGCGAUGAACAAUCCACGUCGACUCAACAACGCUAUACUGCCAUCUAGUGCUAAACAUGUCUUCCUCUCAAUCAAUCGUUACGAGAGAAAAAAGAAUUUGAGGCUUGCUAUUGAUGCUCUUGAUGCGUUAAGGGAUCGAGUAUCUCAUGAAGAUUGGGGGAAGGUUCACUUAUUAAUGGCCGGUGGUUACGAUGAGAGGGUGCAAGAAAAUGUUCAACAUCAUAAAGAGUUGGUUCGCCUUAUAGAUUCGUUGAAGCUGGAGAACAAAAUCAAAUUGCUUCGUUCAGUUCAAACUGAUCAGAAGAUGGCGCUGUUGAGCUCAUGCACUGCAGUGUUGUACACACCAAGUAACGAACACUUUGGUAUCGUGCCUGUGGAGACAAUGUAUAUGAAGAAACCUGUGAUUGGGGUGAACAGUGGUGGUCCCAAAGAAACAAUCCUUGAUGGAGUUACAGGAUUUCUAUGUGAGGGCUCGGCUGAAAACUUCGCAGACGCCAUGCUUCGUUUCAUUAAGUCGCCCGACUUAUCCAAAGAAAUGGGAGCAGCGGGACAUCAAAGGGUGAAGGACAACUUUGCAUUCGAGAAGUUUGCUACGACUUUAAACGGAAUAAUUCAAUCAGUAGCGACGUAAUUUAUAGAUGUUAUUGCAGUGUUGUGUCAUAGGCGCCAAACUAUUAUAAACACAGGGGAGGCAGGGGUGGUUGGAUUUCCACCCACCAGUAAACUAUAUUACCCCAUAACCAUGAACACCAAACUUAAACACAAGGAAGGCAAGGGAUAGUUGGAAACAUAAUCUUUUAUUAGAUUUCUUUUCAUUGGUUGUAACUUGUAAGGUUAAUGCACACUGAUUAAUGCAUUGCGUUGUGUUGUGUUAUCAAAAAACAUGCAGGCUGCAGCCACAUAUGCACCAUGUCUGCUUUAAAAUUGUAGUAAACUUUAAAUAACAUUAUAUUCUUAGGCAAAUGUAUCGAUACAACCAUAAACGCAAGUGGGGGGGGCAGGGAUAGUUAGACACACAAUCCUGUGAAACAAAUCUAACUUAUUGGUUGUAAUGUUUCUCGUAAAUGCAGUGCAGAAAAUAUGGGGUAAGCCUGCCCACCCUGCCACCCCAAGUUUGGCGCCUAUGUGUGUUAUGACUGUAGUUAUAUGUAGCAGGCAAUAAGUGUUUUAUAUUGAUUGUUUUAUAUGGUUAUCAUGCAGCACCUUUGGUUCUUAUAUCUUAUUAACCGCUGAAUCAUUUGUUAAUUAUUCAAAGCUGUUUUGUCGCACCUCAAUUUAACACAAUUAUGAAUGGUUGAAGUCUUAGGGUAAGCACACCAUGGAACCUGGGAUUUAAGCCACAGUUGGUCCAUUACCCCAACAUUGUAUAUGCACAUUCUAUUCCAUAUGGGUGAGGACUUACAGUGGGAGGUGGGAUUUGUGUCAGAGUUGCCCCAUUUCCAAUUCAACAAUUCAAAUUUUUUACUGUGUAACUAAAUACCCUUAGUUGCCGAAUUUAAAAAAAAAGACGAAAUGUGGCAUUUAAGCCUAUUUGUCCUUUUGAUCAAUUUGUGAGCAACAAAAUAAUUCUGCUAUUGGUUGAUAAAAAUAACUAUUAAGUAGAAUACAGCAACAAUGUUAUGUGAUGUUUUGUCUAGCAAUAUUUACAUACCAAGGGAUAAAAACGAAUAUAAUUUG